AUCGUACGACUUUCGCAAACAGAAAUUUGCUGUUUUACCGAUUUCGGCACGGGAUCUUAUACUUGAAACUGCUUUAGUGUUUAUCUCCCAACAUGUGGCAAUGGCCAAAUUUAGUGGAGCCUUCGAUGUGAAAGAGCCACCGCCUUGGCAAAACUGCUGCUACUGUAGCGCUUCCUCGCUAUCGUCGUCACUAUCCAUUGCCACCUCGUCCGUACCAUCGUCGGGACUUCGCCAACAACAACAGCAGAACCAUCAAUUGCUUGGUUUCAAAUCACCAGCCGAUUUUGUAAGGCAUCUUCGGCAGCAGCACUGCACCGUGGAGGGGGGUUCGUACGUUUGUCGUUAUGGCUAUAACGGGGUUUGCGCCUCGCUACCAUUGGACGGUGUCAGCGAUCGGGAUUACGAAAUGCACGUACAACGGUGUCACGUCAACCAGCAGCAGAAGGAAUCGCAAAUCAAAUGGUCCGUUUUUUCGGCGGCCCAAAACUUGCCAGCCGUGCUGAACGAUCCCAGCCGUGGCAAGCAGACGAGCUUUUUCACCAAAAAGUGGGGUGACACUUUUAUCGAUCAACCAUCGGCCAUUGGGUCGUCGCCUCAGCUGCCGGAUAUCAAGUGGGACCACUUCGAUUUUUAUUUGAAACGAAUCGGAAAACGGUACCGUGUUCAUACGAGAGUUUGUAAAACGGCUCUACCCAGUGGCUCUAGUCAAAAUCAGCAUCAGCCAGCAAUUAGCGAUCGACUGCCGAAUGGUGCAACCGCCAACCUGAAGGACAUUCCGGAAGUGUUUUUAAAACACAACUUGGAGCUGCACAGCCCGGCUUCGUUCACUGCUGUUUUUCCCGGUAUCAGUUACGAUGGUGAACAGGCAAAGCAGUCGAGCAGAAUGUUGCAGGAAAAAUUGAGUAAUUAUUUGGAUAUCGUUGAGGUGCUGAUAGCGAAACAGGUCGCGGAAAAGUCGUCGGCUUUUUUCCACGCUAUGACCUCGCAAGACGCUAUCAUGGAACAAAUGCGGGACGCAGUUCAACACGUAGCACGAUUGAGGUCGCGCUUGAAGCAGAUCGACGAAAGUAUCGUACGGGAGUCUUUGCAGAUUAUUAGUCUCGAACGGACACGUUCGAACAACACAAUGGUGUUGGAACGGUUGCGGUUGAUGGCAACCGUUCACCAAACGCAGCCAAUGAUUCAACUGCUGCUCAGCACGCAGGAUUAUGUGGCAGCGUUGGAUUUGAUCGGAACGACGCAGGAAAUACUGAGCCAGGAACUGAACGGGCUGCAUUGCUUCCGCCAUCUGCCGUCACAGUUAAGCGAAAUGGAGCGAUUAAUCGAUAAGAUGUUAACGACAGACUUUGAGCGUUAUUCAACGGCAGACCUGAACCGGCCAUUCAGUGUCGAUGGGCAACCCGAACGAGUUUUAGAGGAAGAAAAGCUAGUUUGUAUCAUCUCCGGAUUGCUUAGGAAGCGAAGCUUGGAUUUUGUGGAUACGUACAAAGAGGAGGCAAUAACGACGAUUCGUGCAAUGGUCAAACAAAUGGUGAUUGAAGUGUUGGCUUCCGGGGAUGCCGAGGUGUGUUUGACUGGAGCCGGGGAGGAAGCACAAAGUCUUUCGUUAAGCGAAUGGAUUGCUCUAUUAGAAACAGCAACAGUUGCAUUGCUUAAACUGCUGCAAAGGGUAAGAGCGGUACACGAUGUUAUGCAGCAAACGGCAGACGCAAGCGCAGGAAAAAUAACAGAUGAUGUUAAUUUCAUGGACACGGAAGCGUUCCUUAGUGUCGAAGAUUAUCAAGUUGUACUAGCAAAACUGGCCAACUUGUUACACUCGGUGUGUAACUAUUGUCACGAACGAUGCGCCAAUCUGGUGUCGAAUCAAAGCCUAGAAAAAAGUUCCGUUAGCGCUGAGCAAAUUGCUACAUUGUCGGAAAUAGUGGAACGAUUUAGUGCUGGUUGUGAACGAAUCUGUGGAACACAAAGUGGAUCGCUGAAACUGGCCCUUCGAGUUCAAGGUUCGCGUUAUGCCCAGAAAUUCCACGCAGAACGAAAGUCCAAAUUAGCCUUGCUGUUGGAUAGUGAACGAUGGAAGCAAGCCGAGGUACCAGCGGAGUUUCAGAAGAUGGUGGAAAAUAUUUCCAAAGGAAAUUUUCAAUGGACCAAAACUGUCGAUUCGGCUAUUACAUCACCUUCACCACAAGCUGUUCUGCUGGUGGAUGACCAGCCAUAUACGUUGGUUGGAGCUGCUUUGUUACUCGUUCAAAUUGUCAGCGAAUAUUGCCGCUGUGCUUCUCAAUUGCCUGUGAUUGCGCCUCAACUUGCUCGAAACGUGAUUGACCUUUUGCGGACGUUCAAUUCUCGUUCAUGUCAGCUUGUCCUAGGAGCUGGAGCACUGCAUGUGGCUGGUCUGAAGAUAAUUACCAGCGGCAACCUGGCAUUAGUUUCACGUGCUCUUCAAUUUGUUUUGUGGAUUUUACCACACGUUCGACGACACUUCCAGGCGUUAGAACCAAACGGUGCUUCUUCCGGGUCCGGAUCCGCUUCAUUCCUCAGCGGUUACGAUUCGAUUGAACGGGAUUUCGUUUCCCACAUUAAAGAACUGGAGAACAAGGUUUUGGUGAUCGUUUGCGAUGCGGUUAGCGGCCAGCUGGCCAACUGGGAUGCUCGCCCGCCGGUACCGUCUCAAUCAUUCCGUAAUAUUAGCCGCCAGUUUGUGAAACUGCACGAAGCGAUAGCUCCGAUCCUGCCGGACAAACAGGUAGCGACCAUCUAUCGGGUGGUGCACAAGAAUUUUAAGGACAAACUUCGGGAGCAGUUGCUGCGGAACAAUAUCACGAACAAUGGCGGUCCGCAGCACGGUACGGUUGUGUCGGAGCUGACGUUUUACAUGGAGACGCUGCGUACGUUGAAAGUGAUGCCCGAGGAAGAGCUGUGCGACGAAACGUUGGACGAUAUUUGGCUGAAGUGAAGCGUGGAAAUUCGGGAGGUAGGCCUCACUGUACUUCUAUGCGUUCUGUUGUUUAUUUAGUGGGUUUCCGUGCAAGUACCUCGUAGGGUGUAAAAAGAGUAUACUGUUUUAUGUUUAAUUUUUUUUAUUCUGUUGCAUAUUUGAUUGUUUUUCUUUUAUCGUGUGCUGGAGAAUAUAUAAUUAUUUUCUGUUGAAACUGAAGGAUAUAUUUUAACUCUGUCGACAAACUUUACUUUAGUAUAAUGAUGAUGAUGAUGAGACAGGAAAAAUGAUAGGACGAAUUUGUAAAUUUGCCCUAGACAUUUUGAAAUAUGUAUUUAAAUUGUAAAAUGUAGUAAAAGUGGAGGUCUCGUCAGCUCCGCCUAACUGCGUACCGGCCUUUAAUUUUCCAAUACAAACAACCGCAAAUAAACUAAUAGCGAAUUCAUAAAUUAACCUGGGUUCGUGCUAACUCCAACCCGAAAUUUAUGAACGAUACGGGCAGUUUGACAGAUCGACCCGUAAACCAUAAUGCUAGACAGUUUUAACCUGCGCUUCAAACUGAAUGCUGUCAGUUUAACCGAGAUGCAAUCUCGGUUAAUUUAUGAACGCUUUGACAGCACUUCGAUUAAAACUAAGUGCUAAUCGACCUGAGCCAGGUUUAUUUAUGAAUUCGCUAUAAGUGGUAGACAAAUCUUAGACCAUCAAUGUUUAUCAACUUAUCAAGACUGGACCCAUGGAACAAAUUCCAUUUUCCAUCCCCCGGCAUUUAUGCACUGUCUCAAGAUAGGUCUGCAAAGUAAAUUGAGCGUAAACAGCGCAACGUGGGUGUUUGCGGUAGUCGACAGAAGCUAUAAACUAUUAACCCCCGAGAUCAAACAGCUAGUGCACAGUAUUUAUAAUGGAAUUCUUUCACCAAAUUCCAAACCACCCGCUACCGCUUCUUGGGCAGGGUAGAUUAAAAUUCCCGACUAGAGCAGGCCAAACCAAACCCUGAAUCAAUAGAAAAAAUAUAAAGCAUGAUUCGUAAGUCGAAUUUUUAAACGUUUUGUUGAAUUGAUCGUUCUAUCAAAUUAAAUUAAAAAUACUUUUGGCUCUUCUUCUUCAUAUUUGGCAUCACUGUGGUACAUUUUUCAUUUAUGUAAAGAUAGAGACUAGCACUGGGACUUGUUUGCAGUUAAGCAAUCCUCAAGGUUGUGCCAAGCUCAGGGAAGUAAGAGAAUUGGAUAUUUGUGAAAUAAUGACAAUAUGAUUGAAUUGUUAAAAGUUGUAACGAUCUGUUGUGCCCAUUUAUAGCAGGUCCGAUCACUACUACCAUGUGGUAUUAUACGAGUACCCUUGUCGGAGAUCGGGUAACCAAAGCAGAAGAGUCUUCUUGAUCGCAGUGUUUUGCGAAGGGUCCCGAUUUUCCACUUGAAUGCGUCACUGGUCCUCCUUACUGGUAUUGUUCUCCGUGGUCACCUGCGAUCUUAAAUUAAAUACACGAACUCAUCUAUUACUUCUGGUUCGUUGCCAUCACGGUUACGGUCCGAGGGAAGCGCGCGUUUGUAUCCUUUGAAUCUCUUCCUUUAAUGUAUUUGGUACUAGUUGAUUACCCGAUCUUACUCGGGACUCCUUUGUCUCUCAGUCACUUGUACAUCUGUUGUUACGAAAAUUCUUGUAAUGCACCGUCCAGGUGUUUCGGAGUUAUGGCCUCCCCUACCUGUCAAUGCCCUCCCCCCUUCUUGUCAACCCCCAGGGUUGAUUCCUUUAUGGCAAGGAACAUGUGUGCCAAGUUUGGUGGAGAACGGUCAAGGCGUUCUGAAGUUAUGCUGGAACAUACAAACAAGCUCACGCUCACUUUUAUAUAUACACUGAAGUCGCUUUUUACGCGGUUUGGUUCCGAAUUUCGGAAUUUACGCGGGUUUUACGCAAUUUUCGGAAUUUACGCGUUUUUUUACGCGAUUUUCGGUUCAAUUAGUCUAUUUUUUCCCGCAGUGUCGAGAUCCACAAAGUUUUUAUUACGUGAAUUUUUGGUUUUUUUACAAGAAUUUUGAAAUUUACGCGGUUUCUUUAAGCGAAUUUUGAAAUUUACGCGAUUUUGAUUUACACGGAACGUAAAAAGCGACUUGUUGAGUGUAUAGAAGAUUAGACGCACUUAUUUUCAACCCAAUUCUGUUUUUUUUCUUUUUUUUGGGUACAUUUUCCACUGCGACCAGUUAUUUGAUCUAUUGUGGCAGGCCCCAGUUUAUUGUACGCCACAUCAGGGUGUCGUAUCACUAUAGUAUGAGUGAUUUCCACUUGCUGAUCGACGGCAUUGUCCCAAUAAGGUAUUAUACAACGAAUAAAGUUUAUUGCCUUAUUGGGAGAAUUCAUCCAUACAGCCGAGGGUUGUAUUAAAAUCAUGUCAAAGAAAGUUUUUCUUUUAUGAAGUAGUGCCACGCAAUAACAUAGUAGAUGUUCCGCAUUUUCACUUUCUAGCUUACAGAAGCGACACGUGUCAUCUUCUAAUUUUCCCAGUUGUUUUAAGUGAUAUUUACUUGCGCAGUGGCCUGUUACGAGGCCACAGUAAGUACGUAAGUCCUUUUUAGACAGGCUAAGAAGUUUCUGGGUUAUUGUUUUAUUAGGAGAUAUAAAUUUCUUUGAUUGUCGAGAUGUCAGAUUUUUUUUCCAGACAUCAUCAAUCAUUGAUUUUUCCCAGUUUUUUAAUUCCAUCUUAAUAGUACAUUCUGAGACCCCACAGAAUGGUUCUGGUCCAAUGAAAGGUUUAAUCGAUCCAGCUUUUGCCAACUGAUCCGCUUUUUCAUUGCCUUCAAUUCCGCAGUGCCCAGGGACCCAAAAAGAUUUAUUGUGCUUUUUCUAGCCACCUGCUGCAGCAAUUGAAUGCAUUCCCAAACCAGUUUAGAUGAACACGAAACUGACUUCAGUGCUUUUAAAGCACCUUGGCUGUCAGAAAAUAUACAUAUAUCUGCAUUUCUAUAAUUUCGUCGCAGACAAACUGUAGCACAUUCAAUAAUUGCCUGUAUUUCUGCUUGAAAAACAGUCGGCCAUUGGCCCAUGGAUAUUGAUAUGUCGACUCUGGGGCCCGUUACGCCAGUUCCAACUUUGUUGUUUAGUUUAGAACCGUCAGUGUAGAAGAUUAUCGAUCCUGGUUGAAUAUUGGGCCCACCUGAUUCCCACUCCGUGCGACUUGUUUCUGUUACAUGGAAUAGUCGUUCAAAGUUAUAUUGUCUAUCCAUCCAGUCCUCAUGCGUUAAUAUGGGAUUAAUUUUAAAAUCCUUUAAGAUACUGAGAUGGCCCCUAAGGUCUCCAUCAAAGAGCUUUUUUGUUCUCCUCAACCUUAGUGCAUUUUUCUCAGCUUCUAGUUGAACAAAUAAGUGCAGUGGAAGCAAACUUAAAAUAGAGUCUAACGCUUUUGAUGGCGUACUGCUAGUUGCUCCGGUUAUGGAGAUUGUAGCUAAUCUUUGCAACUUUUUUAGUUUCUUCUGAGCAUUUUUAAUCUUUGUUUUCGGCCACCAAACUAAUGCCGCAUAUGUUAUCCUGGGUCUUACUAUUGCUGUGUAGAUCCAAUGAAUCAUUUUAGGUUUCAGUCCCCAUUUAUUUCCGAAAGUUUUUCUACUUAUCCAUAAGGCAUUCAUAGCCUUAUUUAACACUUGAUCCAAGUGUAAAUUCCAGUUUAAUUUGCUAUCAAGAAUCACUCCUAGAUAUUUUACUUUGGGAGAAAUAUUUAGUUUUGUUCCUUCUAAGUACAAGUCAGGUAUUUUAGUUUUGUUAGACUGCAAUUCUGUUAGACUGCGCUUUCAAUUUGGCGUAAAUUGCCUUCGUCGUUGCAAAGUUGCCAAUAAUAAUAUAAAAUAGGAAUGGUAACUAUCAUUAAAAAUCGUUAUUGAUAACUAUCAGUAGUUUUACUACGUUACUGAUAACUAUCAGUAAAUAUCAAUAAUUUUACCAUCACGGCAUUAUAGCAAAAAAAAAUAGGAAAUUGUAAUAACUGCAUUAUUCAUUGUAGUUUUACAUUGUGAUUUAUCAGGUGGACUUCAUAUGGCUCGCGCAGCUGCUGACCAGAUUUUUACCAACGGACAGAUCUUGCAGAAAUGUUGAGGGUACAUCGUGUCAUCGGAUCGCAUCUUUAUUGAUUUCAAAGCAACAUACGAUACAGUCCAUCGAGACUAGCUACCCAAGCAGCACAUAUUUGGCACUUUUAGUUGCAGCAACUGGUUUUCGGAUAAACUGACGCGACUAAUCAGAGCUACAUUGGAACGAGUAAUGUGUUUCACACGUCUUGAGGAUACACUCGAGUCCCUUGGAGACGCGGCGAGGGUUGGGACAAGGUGACAGCUUAUCCAGUAUGCUGUUCAACAUCACUCUUGAGGCGGUGUUCCGACCAGCAGGUAUCGAAACGAGAGACAUGAUUUUCAUCAAGGGUAGAAGUAUAUGCAUCACGACAUACUUUCACUGCUUGAUAAUCCAAGAGACCAUCUACAUCUGACGAAAGUCGGUAGGAUACGGUGGGCCGGGCACGUCGUAAGGAUGCCGGAAGACAGAGCAAAGACAACAGUUUUUUUCAACAACUCCACCGACACCGGAAACACGAAGACUCAACAUGCAAGAUGGCUUGACGAAGUCGAAAGUGAUUUAUGACUUUUGAAGCCACUGGGAAAUUUGCGACGAAUGGCCCAAGAUUGAGUUGAAUAGAGACGACUGCUUGAAACAGCACGAGCCACCCCGGCUCUAGGCUGCUGACGAGAACGACGACAUAUUGUGUCACUCUUGUCUGUCGUACGCAACUACCGACCAUUAACUUUAAUCCAACUGAUUUUUCUAACGGGACGACGUAACUGUAUCAGUAAGCAUCAAUAACUGCGAAACCUUACUGAUACUUAGUGAUUAGUGAUGUCCGAAAUUUUCAAUUAUUCGAUUACCGAUUAAUCGAUUAGCGUUGUAUGCACUAAUCGAUUAGUUAAGUGAUCGUGCUAGUAUUAUUCGACCACAAAUAGUCGAAUAAUUCGCUUAAAAAAUUCGAUUAAUCGUACGAUUAUGAACGAUUAAUGAGGAUUAUUCGCAUUUCUUUAUCUCCUUUGAAGUAUUCGAUUAUGGAAUUACUCGUGCCUGCAGUAUUUUAGAAAUUAUUCGAUUAUUCCAUGCUCUAAUCGAUUACUCGAUUAAUCGAGCGAUUACCGGACAUCACUAUUAGUGAUAUUAUUGCUUACUGAUAACUAUCAGUAAUUAAUGAUAGUUUUCCCAUCCCUAAUAUAAAAGUCAUCUGCGAAGUCUCAAAGUUGGCUACUUCUACUAAAGAUCGCGCUUCUCAUUUCGAUGCUCACUCGUCAGGUGACCCCUAUUUGAAUAGCAUACAGGAUAUUUUUUUUGGAAAUGGUGGUUCUACAAUUGAAAGAGGGACGGUAGGAGAAAGUUAUGAAAUUUUUUUGGAGUAUCGGGGAAAGAGCUGGAAGGUGAGGGGGGCGGGGUUGGUAGCUACGCUUAACAAGUAAUCGUUAUGACUCCUACCUUUUGUACAAUGCUGGAAGGUGCAUGGGUCGAACCAAGCUAUAAUCUAAGAUUAUAAUCGGAUUUGAACCCACAACACCCGCCAGGGCAUGUGACUUGCUGGUACCUGUGUACCUAUGAACCACAGAGGCGCUGGACAAAAGGAGACUGCAAAACCCACUUAUCAAGGUAGCAACGCGUCUGGUUGGGUUUUAGACACAAAUUGUCCACUUCACUCCAAAAACUUUUCACUGCUUUCCCCUACCGUCCCUCCAUCAAUUGUAGAACCACCGUUUCUAAAAGAAAUACUAAUAUUAAUGCCUGUGCCUGACCGCAUUUCAAGGUCAAAGACAAAACAUGAGUUCGGUCCAUUUCAUUGGAACGGAGCCUUUCUCCGAAAAACCCGCGCUGAGAAUCGCGGGUCUAACACACUGACAGACGAACAACGUCACAUGCAGUGAUGCAGUACCUUGCAAGUCGUAAGGGCCUGCAUAGUGUCGUCGUCCUGUAAGUAAAAACAAGUUAGAUUUAAACUUCUCGGUCGGUGGUUAUCUACAGUAGACGGAGGAAGUGGCACAAUUUGUGUCUAAAACCCAACCAGACGCGUCGCUACCUUGAUAAGUGGGUUUUGCAGUCUCCUUUUGCCCAGCGCCUCUGUAGUUCAUAGGUACACGGGUACCAGCGAGCCACAUGCCCUGGCGGGUGUUGUGGGUUCA